UAAUAAUACUGAUUCAUCUUUUUAAUUUUACCACAACCAUAAAACGUCGUCUACACGGAAGCAACGGCCAGACUUUCUCUUCCGAAAUGAAAUUCUUUAAAUAGAAAAAUUGACUCACUUAAAUGACAUAUCCAGCUGUGAUAAUGCUAGAAUUUGAUCGCUAGUACAAGCAAUGUCUGGUAAAUCACUUGCGGAGGAGUUUCCAAUCCACUGGUUGGUUUGGGAUAAUGAUUCCCAGAGUAUAGAGCGAGAAUUAUCCAACAACAAAUCUGAUCAUGAUAUUGAAGUGAAGGACCCUCAUGGAAGAACUCCGUUACAUUUGGCAGUGGUCUUAGGUCACCUUGAAAGCGCUAGAACUUUGUUAAGACAUGGAGCAAAUACCCUGGCAGAAAACAAAGGAUAUUGGUCAGUGUUGCACGAGGCUGUCUGCACGGGUGAUCCAGAGCUUGUACAGUUAGUGCUAGAGAACCGUGAUUACCAGAGAUAUAGUAAACGUACCGUGGGAGUGCCGGAUCUAUUGAAAAAACUCAAAGAGUCACCAGAUUUCUACGUGGAGAUGAAGUGGGAGUUUACGAGUUGGGUUCCUUUAGUCUCCAGAAUGUGUCCCAGUGAUACAUACAGAGUGUGGAAGAGUGGGUCCAAUGUGAGAAUCGACACUACACUGCUGGGCUUUGACAACAUGAACUGGGAGAGAGGGAGCAGAAGUUAUAUCUUCAAAGGCACUGAAGACAGAGCUAUAGCUAUGGAAGUCGACCAUGACAGACGAGAGGUUUUCUCCGAGACUAUGCAGAUUCUACCGGCUGACUUUGACAUGUCCCUGUUGAAGCCCUCAGAGGAUGCCAUUGCAGCUCGACUCACUAACCCCGUGGUCACAACUUAUGUAGACACCGACAAAAUUUCCUUCGAAAGAAAUAAAUCUGGAAUUUGGGGCUGGAGAAGUGACAGAUCAGAGGUUGUUAACAGUUAUGAUGCCAAGGUUUUCAGUGCAUCAAAUGUGGAGUUAAUUACAAAGACAAGGACUGAGCAUUUGUCCGAGGCAGACAAGCAGAAAUCCAAAAGUAAAAGUAACAAGACGCCACUGGAGUCCUUCCUGGGGGUCGCUGAGGAACACAACAAAAAACAAGGGGCCACCAAUGGGGAUGUGUCCUCCCUAACUUAUAAUCCCAGUUCUAUCACAAAAGAAGAAUACUUCAGUAGACUUGUGGAUCUGGGAGAUCGUGAUAUUGGCCGUCCGAUCGAGCAAUCGAAAAAGACUCAGAAGUUUAAAGCGACUCUGUGGCUGUGUGAAAACUACCCGCUAUCGCUACAAGAACAGGUUGUUCCUAUUAUAGACUUAAUGGCUGCCAGCAAUGCACAUUUUCAGAAAUUGCGAGAUUUUAUCACUUUGCAGUUACCAGCUGGAUUUCCGGUGAAGAUAGAAAUCCCGUUGUUUCAUGUACUGAAUGCUAGGAUUACGUUUGGAAAUAUAAAUGGCUGUGAGACUGCCGUGGACGGCGUCACUACUAUAGAGGACUCGGAGAAAAUCUCCGCCUGUGUGGAAGAUGCCUGUUUUGACUCUCCACCGGAGUACAGAAGAUUAGGUGAUAUUCACCAUGAGAGAUUGAGAGACGAGGAUGACCAGCUACUACAGUUUGCCAUUCAGCAGAGUUUAAUGGAUGGAAACACUGACCCCGUAGAACAGUUGACGUUUUACGAAGCUUUAAACAACAUCCGACCUCCCCCGCCCUCUCGACCUUUGCCUUCUAUUAGAAGAGAGGAGGACGCACUUCUACAAAGAGCAAUAGCGGAAAGUUUAUCUCUACAAUCAGGGAACACAGCCUAUCCGGAGAUAAGUAGCGAACCAAACAGCAGCAGUAACCUUGACGACGACCUUCAACUCGCCCUGAAACUGUCUCAGCAGACUGUGACAGAGGAUGAAAAGCUGCGGAAACAGGAAGAGGAGGAGCUAGAUAGAAUCCUCAAGUUGUCUAUGGAAGAAAAAUGAAUAUCAGCAAUAUUCUCAUCUCUCCUUUCGUGGGUGGUCUUAAAACCUUCUCAGAAAAAACUGCAGGAUGUUCCUGUGCUUUAUCGGGUGUGAAAUGGCAUCGGAUAUCAUUGAGGGAAUAGAUCUUUUUAUCCUGAACUCUUUUUAAUGAAAUUGUCACGGCGCCUCUUUCCAUUUUGUUUACAUUCCUCCAAUAACGAAUGUGUAGAUGUGAUGCUACAGGCUUCUGUGUUGGAAAUACUAGCUGCUUCUGUGUGGGAAAUAUUUGUCAAACAUCCCUGCCGACUUGGCAUUGCUAACAAGAUCGAUCAUUUAGUACUAGCUGUCCCAGGUAAAUCGUGCUCUCUUUGUGUUCAUUGUCCUCAAGUCUGCAGAAUAUUCAUACAGUAUUUUGUUACAAAAGUGUAUCAGUACAAAUGUUGUUGCUUAAUUUAUUAAAAGUCAUUGAUGCU